GGAAGGUUCACACGGGAGGAAGUGGGUUCACUCAGCACAACAGCGUAAGAAGAACCCACUGGAUCAGGCCAAUUCGCUAUCUUGUCCAGCAUCCUGUUCUCACAGCAGCCAACCAGAUGCCAUUGGGAAACCCUCAAGUAGGAUUUGAACACUCUUCCCUCCUGUGGUUUCCAGCAGCUGGAAUUCAGAAGCAUUCAGAAGCUGUGGAGGCAGAACCUAGAUACCAUGGCUGGUAGCCCUUUCCUCCAUGAAAAGUACAGAAAUCCUGCCUUCCCCUCCACUCCCAGUCUAUUCAGUAUUUUUUGCCUUUCUCUUUCUAACGAGGCAGGGAUCAGAAUACACCACACAGCCACUAAACGUCCCCCUGAUCUUGAUAUGAGCCGGUCUGCGAGAGAGACCUAAUGGCUCAAAACUCUCCCACAAAACUUCUGCGUGUGCUAAAUCCCCGCUCCAAUUUUUCAGCCUCUAGUGGCUCAUUAUGUCUGGAGAGGCACUUAGUAUUUGGGAGUUUCUCCCAAAUUGAAUCCAAAUGGUGGAUAUAUAUGGUUCUGUGUGUUUUUUCUCCUCCUAAGCCAGGACGGUUGCUAGAUUCUGAUUAAGAGAAAAUAGAGCUCCUGGGGCCACCCCAGACAGACAUCUGGAAUCAAAACGCAGCAACGAGAGCCAGGGAUACUUGAAUUUUCAACCUGGCUCUACUGCAGAUUCAUGGCAUCAGGCGAUUGCACCUGCUGUUAUCCCAGUGAGCUGGUUAAAAGCCAGGAGAGCUUAAAGACACUGUGGAAAUGGUGCCAGGAGCUACGUUAAGCAGGUGGUAUCUGGCAGCCCUCUACCUUGAGCCAGGGAAGUUGAGCGUCUUACCCAAAUCACAAAGGAGCAUUGGGUCAAAGAGUUAGGAUGUUUGGUUUUGCUAUACAGGCCAGUUUUUGUGGAUAUAAGUUCCCACCUCUUUCUCUGAUCGUGACUGUAGGCGAGGGGUGGGGACUGGAUGGUGCUCUCCUGGUGCCUUUAUCUGGGCUCUGGAAUCCUCUCCCCAGGUUGCACCCUUCAUCAUCAUCAUCAUCAUCAUCAUCAUAAUAUUCUUAUCUGCAGGGACUCGUUUUGUACUGAGAAUCCAGACUUGUGAAUCUCUGACUUAUUACCUGAAGUGAUACACCCUAGGUCAGGGAUUCCCAAUUAGCCAAGUACGGCGGACCCCCUGUUUUUCAAAAGCCAAACCAUGGUCACCCUACCAUAUCUCUAUGGUAGUUUUUGUUAUGUGAAUGGUGCUUCGGACACCCUGUGGGAACCAUCUGCAGACCACCAAAUGGGAACCACCGGCCUAGGUGCUUUGACAUCUUGCUGCAAAAGAGGCCUUGACCUCCUUCCCCAGUAAAUCUUAUCAGUCUUAACAAGAUUCUUUUCGCUUUCCAUGAAAGGAUCGCCAGUGUUUUCCCUUGGGUUAUUUGUACCUCUCUAACUGAUGCAACCCGCCCCACCUUAAUUUGUAAUGACAUAAGGAAAGGGGAAGGAGAAACUUGCAGAGUCUUAAUAAGUUGUCAACACAUUUCUUCUUAGUCAAAUGCUAUGACUGCUUCGUGUAUGAAAUUCCGGGGGGGGGGGGGCAUGCAGAAAAAAGAAAGAGGGAGUAAAAAGAUGCAAACUCCCAGAUGGCACCAUCCUUCUUACACAAUAAUGAGCUGUUUAUCAGUUACCGGCGACUCUCAUUAUGCACUAAUCAAACUGUUUUGUGAUCCAAUUGUUGCAGCUGCCAAUACGGAUCUCCCAUCUCUAUCAAGAAACCGGCUGCUGUUGAUUAUUAUGAAAGGAGAAAAGGAAGGAGGAGGCCAGACAAAUGGAUAAUAAUGGAGUCAGUAAACCGAAGAACCCAGGGAUAGCCCAUUGGAAAUCCCAUAGACUUUUACAUCCCCAAAGUGUUGAAGGCAAGAGUGGUAUUUUUCAAGGAGAAUGUGGCCAGGGAGUCAUUGCUAUCAGCUAGCAAAAUGUUCUAUGACAGCCCCUUUGCAAAUAGAGAGAAUGACUUGUGCUAUCAGAUGUGUAGUAUUUGCAGGCUCUAUUAGGAGCCAUUCCAAAAUGAUUAGCACCACAUAUUGAAAGCAGAAAACUCAGAAUUUUAUGUUUCCAAUAAGGCUGAGAGUCAGACAAUAGUCACCACCAGAACCCAGAGUCAUCCACUGAAGCUAAGGCUGCAUAAACACAAUCCAUUUAAAGCACCUGACUUCCACCAAAUAAUUUUGCUUGUUUUUAAAAAAAUUAUUUAUGCUUUUCAGGUUUAUACAUUUCACAAAUUUUACAAUCAUUUGAACAUUUCAAAACUCAAC